CUUCGGUUUGGGUGGUAACCCGACCUCUCCUCCCGCCAAAAAAACCGCGCUGCAUGCUGCUAUACUGCAGAUUGACGGUCCUCGGAUUUGCAGUCCAGGACCUUGGCUGGUACUGCCACCGGCGCUUAUGUACGCAUUUCGCUGUAGCGUGCUCGUCGUGAUGGGCAUCAACGACUUAUGGGAGGUCCUCGAACCUGCUGCAGCAACCGUGCCCCUCAUCUCUCUCGCCAUCCAGGGCCGCUACGAGGGACCCGCACCGCAUGUGCCUUAUGUUGUGGGCGUCGACGCAAGUGCGUGGUUCGAACAAUGCCAGCAGGGCAGGUGGCACCGUGCGCAUGCUCAGACGGGCCAAAAUCCUGCCCUCCGCACAUUUUUAUUUCGCCUCGCUCGCCUUGCCCGUCUGCCAGUCCAGCUAGUCUUCGUGUUCGACGGCAACCAGCGACCGCAGAUCAAACGGGGCCACAGGGUAUCCACCAACGACCAUUGGAUGGUCAAGCCUACGCAGCGACUACUGAAUGUGUUCAAUGUGCAAUGGAUCACGGCUGCUGGAGAAGCCGAGGUGCAGCUGGCGCAGAUGAAUGGUGCCGGUGUUAUUGACGCUGUCAUGACGGACGACAGCGACGCAUUUGUUUUUGGUGCUCACACUGUCCUGCGCAAUUCGACGUUUUCAAUUGAUUCGAUGGUCAAACUAUAUACAGCGAGUGCGAUUCAAGAGCACGUGGACUGCCAUCUUACUGGCGAUGGAUUCCUCACCCUUGCCAUAUGCUGCGGCGGCGAUUACGACAAGAAGGGCCUGGUGGGGUGUGGUCGUGAAACGGCGCUUGGCCUGGCUCGCUGCGUGGAUGCUGGUGUGCUUCGCACUGCCAUGUGUGGCAACAGCCUUGAUGGGCCUCUGCAACGGUGGCGGGAUGCCGCUCGGUAUCAUCUUGUGGAUGACCCCACUGGAAAAAUGGGACGUUCUCAUCCUACUCUUGCACGCUCGCUCCCUGACUCAUUCCCUGAUCCACAUGUUGUCAACUUGUAUGCACGCCCUACUGUCACUGCAAUCACCAAGCUGCCUAUUCUCCAAUCCCCUGCCCCGCCCGACAUUGCUCCACUUGCCUCGCUUGUUCAACAGCUUCUUGGCUGGGAAUCGAAGAAGGUCGUUAGCACCUUUCGCUCGACGAUCUGGCCUGUCGUGGUCUUGAAUGAAGUCCUCGAGGACCUGGCUAAUAAUUCUCCUGCAAGUGAUGAGGUUUGUCGCCGUUCUCCUCUGCGUGGAAUAUUUUGA